GUCACCAAAACAUUGCCAUUUUUUUCUUAAUCUAUGGUUCCUUAAUUUCUGUGCAUAUUUCAAACACACGAUUUUUAGUAAGGGGAGAUAUUUAAAACAAAUGCUCCAUUGUCCACAGUCCACCAGUAUUCUUCUUUUCUGAGCAUUAGCGCAUCAAAGAAAAAACGCCGUGCUCAUCGAUGGAGUUUCUUCCCCAUCUUCACCAAAUAUCGUCGUCUUCACACCAAAUCAGUUCAAAUAUUUUGCUUCUCUGACCGGACAUCGUCAUCAGGCAUCGACGCAGCUUGUUACUUCCCAGGGUUCCAGUCAGACCGAAUGCAACAUCUGGCUUCAAUGAUAAAGCUGUUAAAACAUAUCAGCCAAUACACAUUAAUUAGAAAGAGUACAUUGACAUGCUCUUACAGUACAGCUGUUCGAUCUCCUCUAAUCUCCAGCCAAGGCCGUGUGGAGAAGAUUGUAUCUGCAGAUCUAGGAUCGCCCAAGUUUUCAAGAAAAGAUGGUGAAGUUGAACACAAACGGAAAAUAGGAGAACAUGUUUCAAGAAAGGAUAAGAUCAGCAUUCUGGUAGAGACGCUUCUAGACCUAAAAGAUAGUAAAGAAGGUAUCUACACUGCCCUGGAUGCCUGGGUUGCAUGGGAGCAGAACUUCCCAAUUGGAUCCCUAAAGCAGGUGUUACUGAAACUCGAGAAAGAGCAACAGUGGCAUAGAGUUAUCCAAGUCAUAAAGUGGAUUUUGAGCAAGGGGCAGGGCAACACUAGAGGUACUUAUGCGCAGUUAAUUCUAGCAUUAGAUAUGGAUCAUAGGGCGAAGGAAGCACGUGAGAUUUGGAGGAAAAACAUUGGGUCGGACCUACAUUCGGUGCCAUGGUCAUUGUGCAGUCUCAUGAUGUCAGUAUAUUAUCGAAAUGAUAUGCUGGAGGAUCUUGUAAAGCUGUUCAAGGGCUUGGAAGCAUUUGGGCGUAAACCGCCGGAGAAGUCUAUAGUGCAGAAAGUUGCUGAUGCAUAUGAAAUGUUGGGCUUGUCCAAAGAUAAAGAAUGCGUGAUGGAGAAGUACAAGGAUCUCUUCACUGAGACACUGGAUGGACGGUCCAAGAAAUUUAAGGGAUUUCGGGCCAAGAAGAAAGGAGAAGCAAAGGAAGAUUGAGAAUGUAGUUAUUUAGUUAUGUACGCUUCUGUACAUCUUCAUUCUUCGUCUUCUUGAAGUUAAGUAAUCAAUUAUUUCAGCACAUGCAACUGGCCCUAGUUUAUGUGAGACCUUACCGAGGGAUCAAGUGAACCUUUUUAAAAUGAGAAACCUUUAACAACGUAAAAUAAUUACAAAAAAGACCUUUUUGAGUUCAAAAUAAUUAUAGAAAAAUACCAUGUAUGUUCUUAAUCAUUCAUCAUCAUUACCAUAGUGCCGCAAAGACUCCCACUUGUAUGUAGUUUACUCCUGUACUAAAGCACAAAGAGGCUGUUUUCAGAUGACCUAUAUUAAAAUCGCGUCGAAAGUUUUAUGGAUUGACUAUUGCUUCGUAACAAAGAAGCGCAGACAGUUUAGUGAGUCAUUUUGCUUUAUUCCAUCAUAUUUCCA